UGGAAUUGUUCUCCAACCAACCAUCUCGUCCACCAACACACUACUCCGGCGUCCCUGCUUUGCUAGUAACAGCCGCAGAAGCAGCGCAUCGGCUUUGGGGGCGGCGGGCGAAAAGGAGCAGCUAGCUGCUGCUGCCGCUGCCGCUGCCGCUGCCGCCUUGCUCCCUUUCCCUCCCUGCGGUGGCGGUGGCUGCGAGAUAGGGGGCCGGACGACCUCGCAAGCCAACUUCCAUGGCUGCCGCCGCUCUCCUCCUCCCCGUGCACUUCCACCUGCUGCUCCUCCUCGUCUCGCCGUCCGCUGCGCAGCCUGGUUUCAUCAGCUUGGACUGCGGGGGAGCUCGCGAUCACACAGACGCCAUCGGGAUCCAAUGGACCUCCGACGCCACCUUCGUCUCCGGCGGCGGGCAGACCGCGCAGCUGCUGGUCCAGAACGGCCCGCAGCAGCAGCAGCAACAGCUCACCACCGUGCGCUACUUCCCCGCGGACAACAGGAAGUACUGCUACACCAUGAACGUCAGGAAUCGGACGCGCUACCUCGUCAGGGCCACUUUCCUCUACGGCAACUUCGACAACAGCAACGUCUACCCCAAGUUCGACAUCUCCAUCGGCGCGUCCCCCUGGUCCACCAUUGUCGUGGACGACGCCACCACCCCCGUCGUCGAGGAAGCCAUUAUCUUGGCUGCUGCUCCCACGCUCAGUGUUUGUCUCUCCAAUGCCAGCACGGGACAGCCCUUCAUCUCUACUCUUGAGCUUCGACAGUUUAAUGGAUCGCUCUACUACACCACUGAUGAGACACGCUUCUUUCUUGGACUGUCUGCGAGGAUAAAUUUUGGCGCAGAAAGCAAUGAUUCAGUGAGAUACCCUGAUGAUCCAUUUGACAGAAUCUGGGAAUCUGAUUCUGUGAGGAGAGCAAAUUACCUUGUUGAUGUUGCUCCAGGGACUGAAAGAAUAUCAACCACGAAACCCAUAUUCGUCGGUACCAAUGAAGAACCACCUGAAAAGGUCAUGCAAACAGCAGUAGUUGGCCAGGAUGGGUCCUUGAACUACCGCCUUGACUUGGAAGGUUUCCCAGCAAAUGCUUGGGGAGUCUCAUAUUUUGCAGAAAUUGAAGAUUUGGCACCAAAUGAAACGAGGAAAUUUAAGUUAGAGGUCCCUGGCAUGCAAGCGCUCAGUAAACCAACUGUUGAUGUGGAGGAGAAUGCUCAAGGGAAAUACCGUUUGUAUGAACCGGGCUACACGAAUUUGACACUUCCAUUUGUUUUCUCGUUUGGGUUCAGGAAGACAAAUGAUUCUUCAAAGGGUCCUAUUUUGAACGCCCUGGAGAUUUACAAAUAUGUCCAAAUUACUAUGGGAUCACAAGAUGCAAAUAUCAUGGCCAGCAUGGUAUCACGAUAUCCACAGGAAGGUUGGGCACAAGAGGGUGGUGAUCCAUGCUUACCAGCAUCAUGGUCCUGGGUGCAAUGCAGUUCAGAAGCUUCUCCAAGGGUAUUCUCAAUCACAUUGUCGGGGAAGAACAUUACAGGAAGUAUCCCAGUGGAACUGACAAAGUUAUCAGGGCUGGUUGAGCUAAGGCUUGAUGGUAAUUUAUUUUCUGGUCAAAUUCCUGAUUUCAGCGAAUGCCAUAAUUUGCAGUAUAUUCACCUUGAGAACAAUCAGUUAACUGGUGAAUUGCCAUCUUCUUUGGGAGACCUACCUAACCUGAAAGAGUUGUAUGUUCAAAACAACAAGCUGUCUGGGCAGGUUCCAAAAGCACUUUUCAAGAGAAGCAUUAUUUUGAACUUCUCAGGCAACAGUGGCCUUCACAUUGUAAGCAAUGGCAUUAGCCACACCAUAAUUGUUAUAUGUGUGGUCAUUGGAGCCAUUGUCUUACUAGGCGUUGCUAUUGGAUGCUAUUUCAUUACAUGUAGGAGAAAGAAGAAAUCUCAUGAAGACACUGUUGUUAUUGCAGCACCAGCAAAAAAACUUGGUUCAUAUUUUAGUGAAGUAGCUACAGAAUCAGCACACAGAUUUUCUUUAUCUGAAAUUGAAGAUGCUACUGACAAAUUUGAGAGAAGAAUUGGCUCUGGAGGCUUUGGCAUAGUAUACUAUGGAAAGUUGGCUGAUGGGAGAGAGAUUGCAGUCAAACUUCUCACAAAUGACUCCUAUCAGGGAAUCCGAGAAUUCUUGAAUGAGGUGACAUUGCUUUCCAGAAUACAUCAUAGACACCUGGUUACAUUCCUUGGUUACAGUCAGCAAGAUGGUAAAAACAUACUAGUGUACGAGUUCAUGCAUAAUGGGACACUAAAAGAGCACCUCCGUGGAGCUGAUAAUGUAAAGAUAACUAGCUGGCUAAAGCGUCUUGAGAUUGCAGAAGAUUCUGCAAAAGGUAUAGAGUAUCUCCACACAGGAUGCUCCCCAACAAUCAUCCAUAGAGACCUGAAGAGCAGCAACAUUCUCCUAGACAAGAACAUGAGAGCAAAAGUUGCAGACUUUGGGCUAUCGAAACCUGCAGUGGAUGGGUCUCAUGUGUCAAGUAUAGUUCGAGGAACAGUGGGAUACCUGGACCCAGAGUACUAUAUCUCGCAGCAGCUGACAGAGAAGAGCGACAUCUACAGCUUCGGCGUGAUUCUGCUGGAGCUCAUCUCCGGCCAUGAACCAAUCUCAAAUGACAACUUUGGGCUCAACUGCCGUAACAUUGUUGCAUGGGCCCGAUCGCACAUAGAGAGCGGGAACAUCCACGCCAUUGUUGAUGAAUCGUUGGACAGAGGCUAUGACCUGCAGUCAGUGUGGAAGAUAGCGGAGGUGGCGAUAAUGUGUGUGAAGCCCAAGGGUGCGCAGAGGCCUCCCAUCUCGGAGGUGCUCAAGGAGAUCCAGGACGCCAUUGCCAUUGAGCGGGGACCCCAGGAGAUGCAACGCUCUACAAUCCAACAGCAGCUGCUUGUGUCCAACAGCAACAGGUCCAUGGGUGGUGCCUCGUCGUCCGUGAACAACAAUUCAGGUAGUGUGGCGGUGGACUUGGAGCAGAACGGAGCAUCCUUCGACGAGCUGCUCAUGCGUCCGGGUCUCAGAUGAGAUGAGAAUUGCAGUUGCCCCCAAGCCUUAUCGUAUUUAUAUGUAUGCACCUACAUUUGUAUGGGACUAUGGGAUGCCAGUCCUCUCUUAGUCCGUUUCAUUCUUGUAGCUACUACUGAAUCCCUAAGUUGUGAGUAGAGUAAACUAACUGGCUUGAGAAAGAAACACCCAAUCCCUGAGCUGUAUGUAAUAUGUAAGGAUUUAUUAUUAUGUUUAGCUAACUGGAGACUAAGGGAACAAAGUUUUGGCAGGCAAA